UAUUAAGAGCUUGUCGACCUUGUUUUGUGCCUACACAAAUAAAGCUAACCUUCCAUCCACGUAUCUCUCUCAUCUUGUUUGUAGAUCAAUGGAGGAGAAGUCUAUUACUUCAACUCUACGUAAAUGUUUAGGUUCCAAAGGAACAAGAAGCAAGGAGUUCUCAGAUGGAGAAAGUGGGUGGACUGCCUACUUUGAAGAUUUAUCAAAUCAACCCAAAACUUACUCUUCUACUUUCAGUUGUGGCUCUUCCUUGAUCUCUGAUGCCGCUACUGCAUCCAAAAUCUCCCACCAUAACCACCAUGCUUCCGCCUCUUCUUCUUCGCCCAAACCUCCCAACAUAUUAAGUUUCAAGCAAACAAGAACCACAGAAAUGUGUGAGGAUCAUUCUUUGGAGGAUACUGCUAGUUCUCCUGUCAAUAGUCCCAAGGGUAGUAACUCCAAAUCACAAGAUAUGAAUCCUAGGAAAGGAGAAGAAGAUCAAAUUCAUAGUUGCCCUGGUGAAGGAAAUUACUGGUUCAGAAAUAUAUCCAGAGAUUCAGAUUGAAGAAGAAGAAGAAGAAGAAGAAGAAGAAGAAAAUUGAAAAUGGGAUGAAGAAUAAUGAUUGCAUAGAGUUAAAGAAAAGAGGGCUGUGUUUAGUUCGUUUGUCAAUGUUGGUUAACUAUUUUGGCUAGUUAAUUAAUACUCAACAUUUCAUCAUUGAAUCCCUCUAAUUUCUUCAUCUUCCAACAACUCCGUAUAUAUACAACUUUUGAGAUAUAUGAUUGUAGAAAUAA